AUGGAUGUAGAUGGCUAUGACUCUUUACCUUUACGAUUCUUUACAAUCACGCCACAGUGAAUUAUGGACCAAGAAAUCCUGACGUACUUCAAAUGUCGUGUUCGUACACCGUCUGUAAACUUCUGGAAACCAACCAAAAAGAUUGACAUCGAGUCAAUCACAUUAGACUGGAUCGCAACCACUAAUCUAAAAGGCGUUGCAGAAUUUCAGCAACCUAUUAAAUCCCUUGACAAAGUUAUUGGAACAAAUCUGGAUCAAGAUGAUUUGCAUCUCAUCGUCACACCCGACAAGCUAUCUGACGACGAAUUCAGGAGGCUCGAAUGGCAAAAGGACGAUGAGGCAAGGGAGCUACCAUUGCACGGACUCUAUCAUCGACAAUAGGAAUCAGAACUCUAAGAAAACGAGUUACGUCGAUGGCAACGUCCAGAUGCGCCAAACUUGAAUCCAUAUCCAUAGAACACUUCAGACUUCAAAAAAGCCGGAACACCGCGAUUGACGAUGGC